AUGACGGCCAUGGCGUCCGAGAUCGGGCUGUCAACCCGGUUGUGGCAGUGGCUCUUGUUCUCCCCAGGGCCCUUCUACUUCUAUCCCUGGAAGUCCAUAGCGAACCACAUCGCUGGGGACUCCUACGCCAUUGGCUACCGACAUUUUGUGGCGGGGCAUUACGGGCGCAUCAACCUGGCCCUUCACUGCGUGGCGCUCUUCAUCCAAACGUUUGGUAAUUUCAGGUUGCUGGAACACCUGGACAGGCUGCUUUUCUCCAAGGUUGGGGUCCUAAGCUUUGGGUCUGUGGUGGCCUGGGUGGCCAGCCUUGCCUCGUCACCCGCACCCGCCCUCGCGCGGCUGGCCAGCUGCGGCUCCCUCUGCUUCGCCUUCCAGUUGGCGCCCUACGCCACGGUGGAGAGCUUCGAGCUGGCGACGCCUGGGGCCAUGGCUCUGGUUCUGACCUGGGCACAGGCCACCGCGAAGCGCCCCAUCAGCAACCGGGCCUAUGCCAAGGGACUCGUGCUCAUGGCUGGCUGGUAUGCAGGCUGGACGCUCCUUCGCCGGAUGUGCGGGAAGAGGCUAGAGGACCAGAAGGUCCGCAUCCGCUGUGCGGUGAUUAGCUUCCUCAGCUUCCUAGCGAUGCAGAAGAACCCAGUGACACCCGUCGUGGUUCUUGGCUCACUUCUGUGUCGUUUGGCUUCCAUCCUCACCGAUGACCCGGUUCUCUACUACCUCGGUUUCGCCUUCACGGGGUCCCUCUUCCAGGGCAUCGCCCACAACCUCACGGCCGAGGAGGCCACACUGAAGGCCCUGGAGCGCCAAGGUGAGCAGGCAAAGUUGCGGUACGAAUGGGCGCACGUCACCUUCUUUCCAGCUCUCCUGUUCCACGCCGUGCAAGAGGCAGCCACUCGAAGUUGGAAGGCUUAG